UUGGACUGAACCGCUGCAGUUUGCAGUGAUGCACAUGUCGGUGCGUGAGAUCCACGUCUCCUCGGAGCCCGACUCCUCCUACUUCCUGCGGGUGGACUGGAGGGGGCGGGACUUAGGUUCAGGCUUCCAGCUGCUGCUGACUGAUGGACAGGACGCUUGGAGAGGAGAAGUGAGCGAGGCUGCAGUGAGCGACGAAGCCGAGGAGCUGGAGAUGCAGAAGGAGAAGUACGUCCAGGACCUCCGGCAGGCUCUGACCGACACAAACAGCUCUGUCACCUACAGCUUCAGCCUGACGCCUUCUCCUCCAAACUGCAGCUCCACCAUCACACUGGCAUACGAGAAGGUUCAGAAGGACAUCUCGUUCAGGUUGGGAUCUGUUUCUCUGAACGUCGUCCCGGAGCCGGCGGAGGCAGUGCGAGGGUUACUGACUCACAGUCUGGAGAGGGGAAAUACUCUGGAGCGCCAUAACCAGGCGCUGGACGAGGAGAACCAAAGACUGAGACAAGAACAGCAACGCAUCACCGCAGAACUGAAGCGCUACGCUGCUGGUAAAGAAGCUCUGGAGGCUGAGCUUUACUCUCGCUUCGUUUUGGUCCUGAAUGAGAAGAAAGCCAAAAUUCGGAGUCUACAGGAGACAGUCACAGACCUGCAGGAGGCGAGGAGUUCUGAGGGAAAGAAAAAGGGAAAUUCAGGGAAAUUGGACCAAACAGCAGAUCAGGAGGAGGCGGCUGAGGAGGAUGAGUAUGGAGGGAGUACUGACGAGGAGCCAGGGGAAGAGCAGACUAACCCAGCCCCUUCUCAACCUACUCGGGACUCCUUUACUCCGAGCCCAUUGGACGACAGCCUGAAUGACAUCACAGACGUGGCGCCCUGCCGUAAACGCCGCUUGCGUCACCUCGGGGCCCCGGAAGCCGCAGUUAAGCGUCCACAUCCGCAGACCUCCCAGAAAAAGAGGAGCGACUCCCCUGCAGCAGGCAGUAAGCUGCAGACUCCCCAGCGCUCCACAGAUGCUGCGGCAGCAACUUCGGCAGCAGAGGACCUGUUUGAUGACUUCUGACCCUUCACGUCCAGACUUCACACACAGACAGACAAAACUGCGAUAGAAGAAGUAGUGAUAUUUUUAUAUUGAUGAAUAGAUUUAAGGUUGUGUGUUAGAGGAUAUUUAUUUAUAAGGAACUGUACUGCAAACACAGAUGGGUGACAAAUGAAAGCAAAAUUGAACAUUUAGAGAGUUGGUAACCGUGUUCUAACAACAUAUGUUCCUUUAUUUGUUCUUAUGAUGACGAUGAUGGAGAACUCGUUGCUCUGAAAUCACUCAUAGUUGUUGAACCAUGCAGAGGAAUCCUAAAAUCUCCUUUAGAUCCUCUAGAACCCCAUAAAGGAUCGCUAGAGCCACCCAAAGAAACUCUAUAACUGCCUGUUGGCCUAAUAAAACAGUCUAUAGGAACCCAAGAACCCUCUGAAAGAUCACUAAAACUGACUAAAGGAACCCUGCAAUCUUUUUAGGUUCAGUAGAGCUAUACUGUAACCCUUAAAGGAUCACUAGAGCCACCU